AUGACUUCAGACCAAUUUUAUGAAGAUUUCAAUCGACUCAAAAAUCAUGUUCGGCCAGCAGCUGACACUAGCAGUAUUCAUCCAUCCCAGCCUUCUCCUUCAAUCAAUCUGCUUACUCAAAAAUGGAAGCCGCCUCAAUCUCAUGGUUUCAAACUCAACAUAGAUGCUGCUACUGAUUUAGAGCGAAAAUUGUUGGGCAUUGGAGCCAUCCUACGUGAUCACACAGACACAGUGGUGGCUGCCUUAUCAAAGGUUGUUCAAGGUAGUUUUAAAUCGGAUGAGAUGGAAGCCAAAGCACUAUUUCACGCUGUUAAUUGGGUUUCACAAUCACAAUUGCCUCUUACUCAUAUCGAAACUGAUGCUUCUCGGGUGUCAAGUGCUUUGAAUAGAUUAGAUUUCGAUUUAUCAUGCUUUUCUGAUAUUAUUAUGGAUAUUCGUUGUCUAUUGUCCUUUUUCCCUCAAGUUUUAGUUACUCAUGUCAAACGAACAGCUAAUCAAGCAGCACAUGGGUUAGCUAAAUUUGCUUUAGGGUUGGAUGUAGAUUCUGUUUGGAUAGGAGAAAUUCCCUAUCCUAUUUUCUCUGAUGUUGUCAUAGAAACGGACGACUGCAAAGCCAUAACUGAUGCCCUCAACCAUCACAAGGAAGAUUUGUCAAUUUUUGGAGAUCUCAUUCUGUAA